AUGUUGAGAUAUCUUUAUUCACUCAAUAAUGCAUCAACAGAUGUUGAUCUAACUAGUUAAAUCAUUCAUCUAGCUUCAAUCAAAUUGACCAAAUUCAUCAUUGACUAUAAUCAAUUCUUUAGGGUAAAAAUGUAAAUUAGAUGCUGAAGCUGGUUUAUAUGGAUUUGUUGAAGCCUAUUGUUAUUAUUUCAGAUAAUAAUCAAAUUGUUUAAGAUCUCAUUACCAAAAAUAUUGAAUAUCUCAAUCUCAAAUAUCUUCAAGAUUCAUUAUUUGUAUGAAUAUAGAAAACUAUUUAAAGAUAUUAAUAUAAUCAUAUAACAGAUUAUCAUAUUCUGGCCUUAAUCUAUUAUAUCUUUGUAUGGGACUAUUAAAUAUUUCAGUGAAGAAAACACAAAUAUUGAAAUAUUUGUAUAGGGAAUCAAAAGAUAUAAAUAAACAGAAAAUUAAAUUAACAAUUUAUUCACAAUAAUCUAAAGACCAAGAGUUCUGGUAAAAUAAAUUAAUGAUUAUAAAUAAAUUAUUACUAUUUAUAAAUUAUGA